AUGGGCCAGGUGGGACCCCCAGUCCGGCAGCAGCCUGAGCUGGUGGUGGGGGCUCCGCACCUCGGGGGCCGGUGCCGCGUCCACCUUGGUGCCAUGUGCGCCUUCCCUCGGUGCCACGCGUGUCCCCCCAGUCCCGUGUCCCCCGUGGUGCCACAGCUCCCCCCCAGUGCCGUGUUCCCCCCAGAGCUGUGUCCCACCCGGGUGUCGCGUGUGUUCCCAAGUCCCCCCAAGGCCAUGAGUGCCGUGUGCCGCUCUCUGGGUGCCAUCGCCCCCUCCCCAUGGCCACACGCCAGGGGGGGGCGGUUCGACGUGCUGCCGCUGCUGCUGCAGGGCCCCGACGAGUCCCCCGAGCUGUUCCCGCUGCCCCCGGAGCUGGUCCUGGAGGUGCCGCUGCACCACCCCACAUUUCCCUUGGGAUCCACACUGGGCCCCUCUGAAAACCCCCAGCGACCCCACUGGGACCACUCUGGGAUCCCCUUCAGGCCCGUCCAGGGACCCCAUCAGAGCCCCACCAGGACCAUCCCUGGGUCGCUCCCAGGACCUCCCCCAGAAUCGCCCCAGGACCCCUCUGGUUCCCCCUGGGGGGUCACAACUCCCCCCAUGGCCCCUCUGCCCCAUCACCACCCCCUUCCCCCCCAGCCCGACGCCUGGAAGGUUUACGUGUCCAAAGGCACCACUGUCACCCGGAGAAAGACCUUCAAGGAAGUGGCCAACGCUGUCAAGAUCUCGGCCAAGCUGAUGGGACAGGUGAUGGCGCGGCGGGUCAAGGCCACCAUCCUGUACGGGACGGAGACCGGCAAGUCCCGGACGUACGCCUGGAACCUGGGCCAGCUCUUCCGCCGCGCCUUCGACCCCAAGGUGCUGUGCAUGGAUGAGUACGACGUGGUGGCCCUGGAGCACGAGACCCUGGUCCUGGUGGUCACCAGCACAUUUGGGAAUGGGGACCCCCCAGAAUGUGCUGAGAGCUUCUCCAAGGCACUGAUGGAGAUGACAUCGCCGUACACUGGCCCCUCCCAGGCGGAGCCGCCCAUGAGCUACAAGCUGCGGUUCAACAGCGUCUCCCAGUCCGACCAGCUCGUGUCCUCCUGGAAGAAGAAGCGGCGGCAGCUGAGCAACACAGACAGUGCAGGAACCUUGGGAGCCCUGCGGUUCGCGGUGUUCGGGUUG